GAUAAAAAUCUCAUGUAAGAUUCCCUCAAUUGAAUCUUCACGACUUUUGGUUGAUAUUUUAUACCCGCAAGUGCUGUGGGAGGAAGGUAUCACCACCUAUAAAAGACGCUGAUGCAGCCUCUGUUGCUCUGAGUACAAUUCCUGCAUUGCUACACGUUAGGAUCGUAAGAAAAAAAAUAAUCAACGCUAGGAAAAUGAAGACAAUUUUCGUUCUGUGCGCCCUCCUUGUUGCUGUUGCUUUCGGAGCUGAUGGGGAUGAGAUGAAGGACAAACGUGCCCUCUAUGGGUUUGGCUAUGGGCUUGCACCGUAUGCUGGGUAUCCAGGAGCAGCUGGCUUCGUCCAUGGGUACCAUGGGUAUGGGUACAGAGGAAUCGGCGGGCUGGGCUACCCCUACACCGGCUACCAUCAUCCACAUGCUGCUGCCCUCCCCUACGCACCAGGUGGCUUAGCCUACCAUGGAGCCCAUUUUGGCUACGGUGCUGGACCCUUCUUACACUGAAAAGCAAACUGAGAUAAACCCUGUUCACGCAUUCAAUGUAUUGUACACAUCCAUCGAAUUAUGAUAAAAAUAAUUUUAUAUUGAAAA